AUGGCCAUCGAGGAUCUUUAUUUUAUGAUAAAUGUAUUUACUCAAUACAGCGAUUAUCAAUUUAAAAUAAAAUUACCUCCUGGUUAUGAUCUACAAACUUAUUCAAAUAUCCAAAUUACUGAUGAAUUUAUUGAUCAACAAAAAAUAUUAUUUGAUCCAAAUACAAAAUUUUUUAUUUCGCAUUGUGGACAGAACAGUUUGACUGAGGUAUACAUAUUUAGGGAUUCAAUAAUACUCUACAAAAUCAUUAAUUUAAGGCAAUAUAUGCAGGUGUUCCCUUAA